AUGUCCAAGUUAGUGAACCGGGAACGCCCUGCUGCUUCUGCCGGUGAGUGGGAGCGUGGCAUGCCACAGCGCACCUCUUUUCGAAGGGCGACCUGGCUGGUCGUUGCGGGAAUCACGCUCGCUGUGAGCUUUGCCUAUAGCUUGCAUUCGUUUCAGGUGUUUUCCAGGAACAACGGGUUUCCCAGCCUGAGCCACCUGUUUUGGUUACUGACGCUGCAAAGUCUGGGUUACGGGGCGGCGUUUGCACUGGUUGCUGUUGCCACGCUCAUCUGUUCGUCCGGAUCCGGUGACACUCAGCGUUCAGGUCGGAGCACGGAGGAGCUCUCCAGCGAGUGCCCACAGUUUACGAAGCAGUUCUCUACUGGGUCGGGUCUGCCGAGUCCAAGAAGCUUUCUGGGAGUUUUUUCGGGUGGAGCAGGCAGUGCCCCGCGCCGGGACCACGGUGCUCAGACGGCUGGGUGCGUCAGCGAGCCGCACUCACCAUCGCGGGAACUUUUUCUUGAACCGCUAUCGCUCUUAAAACACGUUCAUUGGCGCGGGAUUUCAACACACGAACGUCAUGAAGCGAGCUCACAGACUUCACUUACGUGGUCACGGUUGGACGCUCUUGAACGGGAAAACAAACAGUUGCAAGGGCACUAUGCGCGAUUACGGCGAGAGCGUGACGACCUCGAUAAGCAACUCCUGGUCCUGAACGCUCGAAUGGCGCAUCUAGAGCCCAUUGCGUCUCGCGCUGAGGAGCUAGAACGUCGCCAGAUUGAACUCGUUUUGCAGUUGGCAGCCCGCGAUGAGCAGCUCGCUGAGGCCGAACGGAAAGCGCGACGAGCCGAAUCAGGUCUUGGCAACGAACAAAAGCGUUCGCGUGAAGCGGAGCGAGAGCUGCUGCAGUUGCGAAAGAAGAUAGAAGAAACGGAAGAGAACCGGAGAAACACAGCGGAGAGUGAGCUGCCCGGGCGUUUCUCGCUGCGAAAAUUUACCCGCAGACGCGUGCGUGAGCACCUUCAGUCUCUGGAAGAGCAGCUCGCUCAGCGAGACGAAGAGCUUGUUCGUCUACGGGCCAUCAUCGAGCAACUGAGCUCGGGCUACGCCUCCGAUGUUGCGAUUUCAUGUAUUUCGAACAUCGAUAUGGACGCUUCUAACGCGUAA